AUUCCAUCACGUUCAUUCAAGACCCAUCCUAUGCCCUGACAUAUACCUGUCAGGUACACAGCAUGCCGCCGACUAUCAAUAUAGAUUUGUACAAAGACUUCGUUCUUGGUCUUUACGAGGACAGAAUCCCUCUUCCGGACAUAUGCAAGGCUCUUAAAGAACAACAUGGCGUCUCCAUUACAAGUAAAACACUCCGCCGUCGGAUCGAAGAUUGGGGGAUCAAGGGGGGAAGAACGGCGUAUCGAAGUUCGAAGGAUGAUGCCCUCCGUGCCCUUGUCAGGAAGCUUGUCUGUGAAGAAAAGCUUCCCACGAAAAAAGUUCUCGAAGUCCUCGCAGAGGAAGGGUUUACUAUGUCCGACACUACGCUGCGCAGGAUGCGCAAAGAUCUGGGGAUCGUUCUUCGAAAUGAUGACCCUGUGAAAUUGGCGCGGCAACGCGAUCGAAUGCGCCGCCGUCGCCAACUUGAGAUUGCUCUGGACGGCCAACUCCCGACAAGACUGGUUAACCACGCAUCAAUCAAAACGCCACCAACGAUACCAACAAUUCUCUUGCUGGGUACAUGUGAUACCAAACUAUCCGAAUUGUUGUUUACAAAGUCUCGAAUCGAGAAAAGUAUACUCUGCCAAGUCCAAAUCAUGGAUAUAGGCCGCAAUCCAGUCACCCACGACAACAUCACCUUUGCCCAAGAGAUCUACAGCAGUUAUUUUACGUCUCUCAAGCGACCGACAGUGGAAAUUCAGACCCUGGAUCGCACAGAAUAUAUCGACACCCUAGCCCCAUACGCCAGCUCUUUCGCGUCCCAUCUUUUUGCGGAACAGAAAGUCCACGCGAUCCUGGGGAUAGGCGGAUCCUGUGGAACGGCGCUGGCCACGCAGGUCAUGCGCGAUGGGUUUCCAGUUGGAUUUCCCAAGAUGAUGGUCUCAACGAUGGCAUCCGGCGACGUGGGACCAUACAUUGGAGAGACCGAUAUCACGAUGAUGUAUAGCGUUGUGGACAUCGCAGGGCGGAAUCGACUGCUAGAGCGAGUACUAGGGAACGCAGCCAGUGCCAUUGCAGGGAUGGCAAGGACGUACUUUGAGGAUGUUACUUCCAAGUCCACCCUAGUCCCCACCGUUAGCCAGGGACAAACGGGGUCCGAAGAGACGUCGAACCAAACACAAUCACAAUCACAAUCACAAUCGCAAUCACGGAAUGACGCCGUACGCAUUGGAAUCACCAUGUUCGGCGUCACAACACCAGCAGCCACCGCAGCCCGCGAACAUCUCGAAACCGUCCUCCCAGGAUGCGAAGUCUACGUCUUCCACGCCACCGGCUCGGGCGGCAAAGCCAUGGAACGAUUAAUCUCCGAGGACCAACUCGACGCCGUCCUGGACCUAACAACGACCGAAAUCGCCGACGAAGUCGUCGGCGGCGUGCUCAGCGCGGGACCAACACGCCUAUGCGCCGCCACGAAAAAGAACAUCCCCCGCGUAAUCAGCCUAGGAGCCUGCGACGUCGUCAAUUUCGGAACCCCGGACUCGGUGCCCGCGAUUUUCGCGCACGCGAGCCAACCGAAACGGGUCUUUCAUCGACAUAAUUCGACCGUUACACUUAUGCGGACGACGGAGGAGGAAUGUAUUCGGGUCGCGAAGCUUAUAGCGACGAAUUUGUUGGAGGGGAAUGCGGGGUGGGAGAGUAAUUGUCGAACGAAGGUGAUAUUACCGCUUGAGGGCCUGAGUUUGCUAGACACGCCGCAGAGUCCAUUUUGGAAUCCUGUGGCUGAUCGGGCGCUUUUUUCUACGUUGGAGGAUGAGUUGCGCGGCAGUGAGAUAUUGGUUGUUCGUGAAAGCAGGCGGAUUAAUGAUCCGGGGUUUGCGGUUGCUGCUGCUGAUAUGCUCUGUGAAUUGAUUCGGGACCAUCGAGGCGAGCAGGGUAGUAGUACCGACUAAGCAUCGAUAAUAAAUAAUAGAUCUACUGUGAUGAUAGGUUGUGCUACGAGACUCAACCCACAUUAUGAAGCACAUUUCACAG